GGCUGUGUUGUUGCUGUCGUGGUGAGGGACGUGGAGAGUCUUUCGCACCGUUCACACCUGAAAUUGAACAACGGAUAACAUAUAUAUCUUUAACUCCGUGAGGGACCCCGCUGUUCGCUUGCUUAUUGAAUUUGCCUCUUCGAGUCAACAUGGGGAACUGCUUAACUGUGGGGCCGAACGAAGCUCUGGUGGUCUCCGGUGGUUGCUGUGGCUCUGAUCAAAAGACCUAUGCUGUGGGAGGCUGGGCCUGGGCUUGGUGGCUCAUCUCAGACACCCAAAGGAUAACUCUGGAGAUCAUGACUCUGCAGCCCCGAUGUGAGGAUGUAGAGACAGCAGAGGGGGUAGCCAUCACUGUCACAGGGGUGGCUCAGGUCAAAGUCAUGACAGAUCAGGACUUACUGGGGGUGGCUUGUGAGCAGUUCCUGGGUAAAUCAGUCAUGGAAAUCAAAGCUGUGGUUCUGCAGACUCUGGAGGGACAUCUCCGCUCAAUUCUUGGUACCCUGACCGUAGAGCAGAUCUAUCAGGACAGGGACCAGUUUGCUAAAUUGGUGCGGGAGGUAGCAGCUCCAGACGUGGGAAGGAUGGGCAUCGAGAUUCUCAGCUUUACUAUCAAGGAUGUGUAUGAUAAACUGGAUUACCUGAGCUCCCUUGGGAAGACCCAGACUGCAGCUGUCCAGAGGGAUGCAGACAUUGGUGUUGCUGAGGCAGAGAGAGAUGCUGGGAUACGGGAAGCGGAAUGUAAGAAGGAGAUGAUGGACGUGAAAUUCCUGGCUGACACCAAGAUGGCCAACUCCAAACGAGAACUGGAGCUGCAGAAAGCUGCUUUUAACCAGGAGGUCAACACCAAGAAAGCAGAGGCCCAGCUGGCGUACGAGCUGCAGGCAGCAAAGGAGCAGCAAAAGAUCCGCCUGGAGGAGAUUGAGAUCCAAGUGGUGCAGAGGAAGAAACAGAUCGUUAUCGAGGACAGGGAGAUUGACCGGACAGACAAGGAGCUCAUUGCCACAAUCAAGAGGCCCGCUGAGGCAGAGGCCUUCAAAAUGCAGCAGCUGGCUGAGGGGCAGAAGAUGAAGACGGUGCUGAUAGCCCAGGCUCAGGCAGAGAAGAUCAAGAAGAUCGGAGAGGCGGAGGCUAGCUCCAUCGAAGCAGUGGGCAAAGCGGAGGCUGAGAAGAUGAGACUGAAGGCUGAGGCCUACCAGCAGUACGGAGAGGCAGCUAAGACUGCUCUGGUCCUUGAGGCCCUGCCUAAGAUUGCUGCCAAGGUGGCAGCGCCAUUAUCCAAGACCAAUGAGAUAGUCAUCCUCAGUGGAGAGAGCAGCCGUGUGACGGGCGAGGUGAACCGCCUGUUGGCUGAACUUCCUGUGUCUGUCAACGCUCUCACUGGAGUGGAUUUGUCAAAGAUCCCGUUGCUGCAGAAGAUGAGCAGUGCUCAAGCCUGAAAACCGACGACUCCACAUGAUUCCAGUAUCUGUUGUAUGCACUCUGAUAGACUGCCUUUAAUACACUUGAAAAAUUUUGUUGUUUUAUACGUAUAUACUGUAUACCAAGUGAAUUUUGGAAACCUCUGGUGCCUUACUUUAUACAGCGCCAGAAUAUCUGAAUGCACUGCUGCUCAUUCAAAGAUUUUUUUAAUUU